GGUGAGAGUACUUUUUCUAAAUCCCACACACAAAGAAAUGGUACCGUGUCCCUAUUUUCUCAACGGAGAAUGUAAGUUCACGGAAGAACAGUGUCACUAUUCCCAUGGGGAAAUAGUUCCUAUGUCUUCUUUACAAGAAUACAGAGAGCCCGAUUUUUCGAAUAUAAAAAUGGGAAGCAGAGUCUUGGCGAAACAGAAGAACCAAAUCUGGCACAGAUGUGUUGUUCUUCAAGUGCCAGAAAAAGAGGACGAGCCUUACAGUGUCAAGUUCGAAUCAAGCGGCACGAUUUUUGAAGUACUGGUUCAAGAUUUGCUCCCUCUUGACGAUUCUGAUCUCCAAAUGACCGAUUCAUCGGGCAGUGAAGAUGAAAUAGAUUUACCCAGCACAGAAAUCGACAAAGAAAAAUUAAUUCACACCGCUCUUUUGACAAUGGAUUCUAGUCAACCGCUUGGAAAUUGGGAACAACACACACGAGGAAUGGGAAGCAAGAUUAUGGCCCAAAUGGGCUACAUUACUGGCACGGGUUUAGGAAAAAGAGCUGAUGGAAGAGUUGCACCCGUGGAAGCUACUGUAUUACCACCUGGAAAAUCUUUAGACCAUUGUAUGGAACUUCGUGAAAAUGCUGGCGGGGAUAAAAAUUUAUUUUCCGCCGAGCGUAAAAUUCGAAAGCAAAAAAUGAAAAUGGAAGAGCAAAGGAAAAAGCAAUACGAAAGAGAACAGCAGCGUUCCCGAUGCAACGUUUUUGAUUUUAUUAAUGAAACUCUUAGCGGCCAACCUGAGGCCGAAGAAGGGCCGAGUUGUUCAAAAAAAAGUUCUCAAAUUGCUGAAGGUCGUUCCAAGAUAAAGAAUAUGUCGGAUAAAGAACUCAACGUUCAAAGCUACCAAAUUGGGAACAAUAUUUCGAGUUUAGAAAAAGAGUCGAAUGUACUAAAGAAGUCCUUGACAAGGCACGAAAAAUACAGUCCGGCAUAUAACAAUAUUGUACAACGUUUCAACGAUAAGCAGAAGGAAAUCGUUAAACUAAAAACUUCUGAAAAAAAUAUUGCUUCCGAGCAGAGAAACCGCAAGAAUCGAGACAAACUGACAAUAUUUUAAUGAUAUUCCAUAUUACCUUAAUUUUUGUAGAUAUUAUAUCCUUGUCUAAACUACAUUUUAAUACAAUAUUUUUUUAAAUUGUAUAUAGUAACGAAAUUAGAAUAAAAGAUCGAGAUACUUUAGCGA